GGGAUGGGUCUGUUUUAAAAGGACUGUGCUGCCAUGAUAGUAUAAGCUUGCAUCAGCUGCUGGUUGACACCCCCGUCCAAAAACAGGAAAAGCCAGCUGUCUGCCUUUGUUUUUUAACCUGGGGAAGUACAGGCUGCAGCAGGUGACAGUUCAGCUGCCCAGGUGAUUGACACCCCUGUGAUGUAUUGGACCCUGCAGAAUUCUCAGCGUGACGUCAUUUGACAGGUCCAGGAAUUUGAGAUCCCAGUCUGAUUUCCCCACUCCAUAAUGGUUAAUAUUGAAGAACUCUACGAUGACGAUUUGAUGCACAUUCUGCUUGCUGUCCCGGCCAGGACCCUGAUUCUCCGAUGUAGAAAUGUCUGCACUAAAUGGAAAGAAAUUAUCGAGUCCUCUGUUUUCUGGAAUCUGAAAUGUCACCACCUGGGUUAUGUCCUCCCGAACCUCGUACAAAGACCUCUGAACUGGAAAAUGUUUGUCUGCAUGCCGACCAUGAAACAGAACUUGCUAAGUAACCCGCGAGCUAAGAGAGGUUUUGACUUAUGGAAUCUAGAUGAGAGUGGAGGAAAUGGCUGGAAAGUGGAGUUUUUGAAGGAACCCAAGGUUAUGAAGCUCGGUGAAGAUAAAAUUAAGAAAUACUUUGUUACCUCUCACAGACAGUGUUUGAAAUCACAGCUUAUUGACCUCAGACAAAUGGGCUAUAGAAACAGUUUCAUUGACUUCAUGCAACCAGAGAUUCUGAUUAGCGACUGGUACGCCCCUAAACUGGACAGUGGGGCAAGGUACAAACUGCGGGUUCAACUUUUAUCAGAGGACAAAAAAGUCCUUAAAGAAUUUUGCCCAGAAACGAUCAUCAUGAGGCGAAAUAACGACGGCAAGUGGCGACAGAUAACCCAUACCUUUCACAACUAUGGAGAAGGAGUGCGUUAUAUAUUUUUCCAACAUGGCGGUCAGGACGAAAUGUUGUGGGGUGGCUGGUAUGGAGUCAGGGUAACCAACAGCAGUGUCAGCCUUGAACUUCGUGAUGAAUAAAGAUGGACACGUAAAACAAAACAAACCAUUAAGGGAUAAUUGUUUCAUGGCUACAAUUUAAAAAAAAUUAUAAUAAUUUUAUUUUAUUAA